AAGUAGAAAAGUUGGAUCAAUCCUGAUCCCAACCCAAAACCUUCUAAUUGAGUUAGGGUUAGGGUUGAUUUUAACCCCACCUAACCGGCCCCCAUUUGCACCUCUGUAUGAGACGGAGGUCGUGGAGCAUAUAUUCCUGUGCACUGUUUAUAACCUGUUCGGUCCCACUUGGCCCCAAGGCGGAGCAGACGAGGAGGCUGCUGUUGACCGUGUUCGCUAACAGUUGAAGUUGCCAAACUGAAUUGACUGAACAAGUUCUUAACAAUGGAGGCUCCGAGUCAGUGAUCUUCGUAGUUGAAGCUAGGUUGACCACUAUACCCUCGCUUAUUUCAUUAUUUCGAUUAUUUGAUCCACUAAAAGACACGAAGCAAUAGUCAUUCACUAUAGCCACUUUAGCCGUUAUCAAACGGCCAACAAAAUCUAGUUCAUUAGGAUCGGUUCCAUGUCCGAACGCCGUAGACGAACAAGAUCCAGUUCAGGCUCUGAGGUGUAAAUCGGUUGCUGGUGAAAUGACGGUUGGUUAUGAUGCAGAACAGGAUUAUGUACCCCCAAAGAAGAAACCUCCUAGCGAGGAUGAAAAGAGGAGAAAGAAAAUUGUACCCGGAAGUCUUAUGAAGGCUGAAAUGAGGCCUGGAGGGGGUACUGCGAUGCCUGCAGAUGGUGAUCAGGUUAUAUUUCAUUGCACAAUACGGACACUAGAUGGAGUUAUUGUUGAAUCCACAAAAUCAGAAUAUGGAGGCAAGGGUAUUCCAACAAGGCAUGUUCUUGGGAAAAGCAAGAUGAUUCUGGGAUUGUUAGAAGGAAUUCCCACCAUGUUGAAGGGUGAAGUAGCAAUGUUCAAGAUGAAACCUGAACUACACUAUGGCGAGGUUGAUUGUCCAGUUGCAGUUCAAGAGAGCUUUCCCAAGCUUGAGGAACUUCAUUUCCAGAUUGAGUUGAUAGACUUCUUUAAAGUGAAGGUCAUCAGUGAGGAUUUGGGAGUUCUUAAGAAGGUUAUAAAUGAAGGACAGGGCUGGGAGUCACCAAGGGAACCUUAUGAAGUAAAAGCUCGGAUUUCUGCAAAAACACUUGACGGGAAAUUGAUUCUUUCAUAUAUGGAAGGAGAACCAUUUUCAUUCACUUUUGGAAAAGCUGAGGUACCCAAAGGGCUUGAGAUGGGAAUAGGAACAAUGGCUCGGGCAGAAAAGGCAAUUUUAUAUGUUACAAAGCCAUACUUAACUCAAUCUUCUUUCAUGCUGGAAGUAGAUGGCCUUGAAGAAGUCGAAUUUGAAGUGGAGUUAGUUUACUUUAUUCAGGUGCGAGACAUGCUUGGUGAUGGCCGCCUUAUAAAACGUCGGAUUCGCGAUGGGAGAGGUGAGUUUCCUAUGGAUUGUCCUCUUCAUGACAGUCUGCUGCAUGUGCACUAUAAGGGGAUGCUUCUUAAUGAGGAAAGGACUGUGUUCUAUGAUACAAGGAUUGAUAACAAUGGUCAGCCUUUGGAGUUCAGUUCUGGAGAAGGGCUUGUGCCUGAGGGGCUUGAAAUGUGUGUUCGUCUAAUGCUGCCUGGAGAGAUGGCUCUUGUAACAUGCCCUCCGGAUUAUGCAUAUGACAAGUUUCCAAGGCCCAAUAAUGUUCCUGAAGGUGCUCAUAUUCAAUGGGAAAUCGAGCUUCUUGAUUUUGAGAAGCCAAAGGACUGGACUGGGUUAAGCUUCCAAAGAAUAAUGGAUGAAGCAGAAAAGAUAAAAAACACGGGUAACAGGCUUUUCAAGGAAGGAAAAUUUGAACUUGCCAAGGCGAAGUAUGAGAAGGUGCUUCGGGAAUUCAAUCAUGUUAACCCACAAGAUGAUGAUGAAGGAAAAAUAUUUUUGAAUUCAAGAAACUCAUUGCACCUAAAUGUUGCUGCCUGUUACCUGAAGAUGGGAGAAUGCAGAAAAUCCAUUGAGGCAUGUGACAAGGUAUUAGAUACAAACCCUGUACAUGUUAAAGCUCUCUAUCGUCGUGGUAUGGCCUACAUGUCAGCUGGAGAUUUCAAGGAAGCAAGGGAAGAUUUUGAGAAGAUGAUAAGCAUUGACAAGUCUUCAGAACCUGAUGCAAAAGCUGCUCUUCUUAAGUUGAAGCAAACGGAGCAGGAAGUUGAGAGGAAGGCCCGGAAGCAAUUUAAAGGGCUGUUUGACAAAAAACCAGGGGAGAUUGCAGAAGCUGGAAGUGAUUCAACAGCCCAAGAGCACCCAGAAGAUGAGAACCAAAGAAGUGAUGAAGGAACGAACUCAACUAAGGAAGAAGCAGAAGUAACCCAUGAAACUGCACGUGCACUACCUUCAAUGGGAUUAUUCUCCCAGCUUUGGCCUUUUGGUAGAAGACUCUUCACAGCAUUGGGUGUAAAUAAAUGUUCCAUUUUGUGAUCUUAUGCUAAAUCAUCAUAUCCUCAUACUUUUUCUCUCUGGACUGAACAUCUUGGGCCAAGGUCUUUGAACUAAAGAUAUAGCCUAUAGGUGAUCAAAUAAAAUAACAAAAACUAGUCAUUAUAGUCGGCCCAGGAGUCUAAUCUUGCUCUCUGUUGCAGAAAUUGUAAAUUAUAGAAUUUUUCACUUGGAUUUGGUAACAGGUAUAACCUUGCCUUGUGACUCAGAAUCUAAGGCUGAAACAUAAUUGUUGUCCUUUAAUCAAGUUUUCUGCGUCCACCCACGAUAAAUGGGGUGAAUCUCAAACAGGACAUCUCAAAUGGAAAUUUAUCCUACAAAACAA